GUACUUACUACUCUCCUUUCUUUUUCUCAAACCUAAAAUAAAGAAAGACAUUACUCGACAUUCUCUUUGUUGUUGUUGCUGUUGCUGUUUCUUCUAAUUCAGAAAGGGAAAGAUCACUGCUUUUUUUUAUUUUUAUUUUUAUUUUUUUUGUGUAAAGGAGAACUAAAAGAAACAGAACUUUUACUUAGUUAACAAGACCAAAACACUGUCCUAAAAAUAGAGCCCGAGAAAUUAAUUUUCUUUGGUGAAUCGUCAUUUUAGGAACUACCCAGAUCCGGAUUUCUAUCUAUUGUUUUGCCGUUUCAUUUCUCUUCUGUAUCUGUCUUUCUUUCUGUCAUACAACUCACCUUGCUAUAUUCUAAUUACAAAAAGGGUUCUGGGAUCAGUCAUAUUGUGAGAUUUUGCCCUUCUUGAUGGAUUGUCAUUGCUAUUCUUCGAUUUGAUGAUCUGGGUUAUUUUUAUUUAAACUCUUGCAUUGCAGUCAAUAAUUGGAACUUUCAAGUAUUGCAUUGACGGAUUGGAAACUAAGUGAGACAUUCUCGACUUUGAUAGCCCUGUUUUGAUUGAUGAACUUGGCGCUUAAUGCUGAAAAAAACUGAAGCUAAUAAAAUUUGUUCCCGCUUUGAGAAUCAAGAAACUCUGGACUGGAAUUAUGGGCUGCAUUUGCUCGAAAGGAACUCGAGCAAAUGAAUAUGUACAAAACAAUGGCACAAGCAAAGAAACAACUAAAUCUGGCAAGCAUUCAGUUUCUUCUUCCAAAAGAGAUGAAGCUAUAGCACAGGCUGAUGGCAGUGGCAAUGAUGCCACAGCCAGUUUGAUAUCAAAUCAACCUAGAAAUAAUAAUGGGGGAUCCACCUCUGUAUCAUCUGACGAUGAGGAUAAGAAAAAAUCUGCAAAGGCCAACCAUCAAAAGGUGUCUAGGAUAUUGAGUUUGACACAUGGAGAAAGAGGAGCACAAGUUGUUGCUGGUUGGCCUUCUUGGCUGACGGCUGUGGCUGGAGAAGCCAUCAACGGAUGGGUGCCUCGAAGGGCAGAAUCAUUUGAGAAGUUAGAUAAGGUUGGACAAGGAACUUACAGCAGUGUGUAUAAAGCCCGUGAUCUUGAAACAAAUGAAAUAGUUGCAUUGAAGAAGGUUCGGUUUGCUAAUAUGGAUCCAGAAAGUGUUCGUUUUAUGGCAAGAGAAAUAAUAAUUUUGCGCAGACUUGAUCACCCAAAUGUCAUGAAGCUUGAAGGAAUAAUUACUUCGAAGAUGUCUGGUAGUUUAUACCUUAUAUUUGAAUACAUGGAACAUGAUCUUGCAGGGCUUUUGGCAACACCAGGAAUCAAAUUCACUGAAGCACAGAUUAAAUGUUAUAUGAAACAACUAUUUCAUGGACUUGAGCACUGCCACAGUCAUGGGGUUUUGCACCGUGAUAUUAAGGGGUCAAAUCUUCUGAUUGACCAUAAUGGCAAUCUUAAAAUUGGGGAUUUUGGGCUAGCAACCUUUUACUGCCCUCCUCAGAAGCAGCCUCUCACAAGUCGUGUAGUAACAUUAUGGUACAGGCCCCCUGAGCUUUUGCUUGGUGCCACAAGUUACGGAGUUUCUGUGGAUCUCUGGAGCACUGGUUGUAUUCUUGCAGAACUAUUUUCCGGGAAGCCUAUCAUGCCUGGAAGAACAGAGGUGGAGCAACUGCAUAAAAUUUUCAAACUUUGUGGUUCACCGUCAGAAGAGUAUUGGAAGAGAUCAAAGCUACCACAUGCAACUAUUUUUAAACCUCAACAACCCUAUAAACGUAAUGUUGCUGAGACAUUCAAGGACUUUCCUUCUUCUGCUUUAGGCCUUUUGGAUGUCCUCCUUGCAGUUGAACCUGAGGAUCGUGGAACAGUUAAUUCAGCACUUGGUAGUGAGUUCUUCACAACAAAGCCGCUUCCUUGUGAUCCAUCAAGUUUGCCCAAGUACCCACCAACUAAAGAGUUUGAUGUGAAGCUUCGGGAAGAUGAUGCUAGAAGGCGGAGAGGACAUGGAGGUAAAGGACGGGGACACGAAUCAGCUAGAAAGAAUUCCAGAGUAUCUAAAGCUGUGCCAGCACCAGAUGCCAAUGCAGAGUUGCUGGCAUCCAUUCAGAAGCGACAAGGGCAGUCUAACCCUAAAAGCAUCAGUGAACAGUUCAAUCCUGAAGAAGUGGGUGGUUCUGGCUUCCCCACUGUGCCUCCAGAAGGAACAACAAGAAAUGUCUACUCCCAUUCAGGGAAGUCAAUGCAUCCUACAAAUCAUGGAUCUUCACGUGGUAUGACUGCUAAUGAGAGUGAGGCUCUCAGAACUUCGGGUCAAGCAUUUUCUUCUCCUAAGAAGACUGAAGAGUUGACAACUCAGAGAUCUUUCACUCAACGGGGAGCAGCCCAGUUGUCCAGAUUUUCAAAUUCUGUUGCAGUUAGAGGCAGUUCAAACUCAGAUAGUGGUAGCGAAACAACAGCCAAUUCACACUGGCCAGAGGAUCGAUUUAAUCCUCAACAUAACCAUCUUGAUGAUUCCUCCCACCAUUUACUGGAUAGGCCAAAGUUCUCAGAUAAGGAGUGCCGACCAGCUGGUUUGGAAUCUACAAUGGGUUUCUUUCAAAAGAAAGGGCGAAUCCACUACUCUGGACCAUUGAUGAGUGCAGGAGGAAACAUUGAGGAGAUGCUUAGAGAGCAUGAAAAACAAAUCCAGGAAGCUGUUCGCAAAGCACGUGCGAAUCAGACCAACAAAGCCCAUAAAGGAAUUGAACUGACGGAAUCACUAUUAUACCGGGGGAGAAAUGGCAGGUGACACUGAAGCUGAAACUAAUGAUACCUUUAUUGAUCUAUUAGGAGCAUUUGCAGCAACACAUAAUUAUCAGGUAUUCCUUUUUGGAAGCUUACGAAUCUGAACAUGAAAGGCGAUUCAACUUUAAGGAUCUUUUGAGGGUUUCAUCCCAUCAGAUGUUUUUCUGUCAUCAAAAAAAGAUCCAAAGCAUGAAAAUUAUUUGCUGUAGAUACUUCCAGAAAUGUGAUAGUUGAAAAGCCAUUUUGAGUCCCUUACCAUAGUGUAAGGUAAGAUUGUGUUUCUUGCAAUGCACCGACCAGUCACUUGAUCCCCAAAGAGAGAGAAUCUCUCUUUCCUUUUGGCAUAAUUCAGUUUCCAAGUUAUUUAUUGUAUAGCUGAAAUGAAAUCUGUGAUAUUUGUGGCCACAUUCAAAUUUAUUGCUUAGAGCAGCUUCUCACUCUAAAUACAUCAGUGCAGCUUGUUUUCA